UAUCCUCAACGCCAUCUUCCAGAAGCAAUGCUCUAGGAAACCCUAGCGCCAUGAAGGGGUUAGGAGAUAACAGAAGCCGCCAUCUCUCUGAUAACCUGGACUCUCCUCAAGACUCUCUUUAUGCUACCCAAGACAGGAACCCUUAUCUCCUCAGCCCCACAGACUCCUUCACAAUGGACCCUCGAUUCCCUGCACCAAACUCCCUCCACAGUGACUGCCUCCUUCCGCUCAACAACCAGAUUUCCAACAGCAGCACAUUUCCACGGAUCCAUUACAACUCCCACUUUGAGGUGCCAGACGAGAACCCCUUCCCAAGCCAUGCCCAAGCCACUAAGAUCAACAGGCUCCCUGCCAAUCUGCUAGACCAGUUUGAGAAACAGCUACCCAUCCACAGAGAUGGCUUCAGCACUCUCCAGUUCCAGAGAAGCUCUGAUGCCAAACACCGAAGCGAGAGCCCUGGGAGGAUCCGGCACUUGGUUCACUCAGUCCAAAAGCUUUUUGCCAAGUCACAAUCCCUGGAGGGUGCCUCCAAAGGCAGCGUGAAUGGCAAGAAAGGCGCUGAGGACUCAAAGCAGAACCGCAGGAGCAAGAGUAAGGACCGGGCAAAAACCACAGAGACUAAACGCAGGACCAGAUCCAACAUAUCAGGCUGGUGGAGCUCAGAUGACAAUCUGGACAGUGACACCUGCAACUAUCGUAACCCUAUGGGCCUCAUGACCCUCGGCAGGCAGCCUGAUCACAGCCAGCCGAGGUACUUCAUGCAUGCUUACAACACAAUCAGCGAACACAUGCUGAAAUCCUCCAAGAGCAAUAAUGACCUCAAGGUCACCCCCUGCACCAAUAUCCCCAUCAGCAGUGAGUCCAACUACAUCAAAAGAGGCUCCUGGUCCACGCUCACACUUAGCCAUGCCCGGGAAAUGUGCCAAAAGGCUUCCGCUACCAUCGAUAGAGCUCUGCUGAAAUCCAAGUCCUGCCAUCAAGAUUUAGCCUAUCAGUAUUUGCAGGUGCCUCAGGGAGACUGGAAUAAUACGUUGACUAGGGACAAGGACAAUGAAAUCCCAUGUCGGCGCAUGCGGAGUGGGAGUUAUAUCAAAGCCAUGGGAGACGACGACAGUGAAGACUCAGAAACCAGCCCCAAGCCAUCCCCAAAAACUGCAGCGCGGAGGCAAAGUUACCUCAAGGCCACUCAACAGUCACUGGGUGAACAGAGUACCGCCCACAGAAGUCUGGACCGCCUUGAUUCUGUCGAGAUCCUUCUGCCUCCAAAAUUCCCAAGCUGGGAAGAAGAAUACAACCAGAUCACAGACAACCUCAACGAGUCCAGUUGCAUCAAUGAGAUAUUUGGACAACCCUCCUUUAUUCCACAGAUAUUUACACAAGGAGAGCAGGCAAGAGAAGAAGAGCUGAAUGACCAAUAUGAAGGGAUGUGCGAAUCGGCCUACAGCGAAGCAGAAUCAACUGCUGUGGAAGUCCUGGAUCUGCCUCUUCCCAGCUAUUUUCGUUCCCGGAGCCACAGCUACCUCCGAGCCAUCCAGGCCGGCUGCUCCCAAGAAGAGGACACCGUCUCCGUUCGAUCCCUUUCUCCGCCCCCAGCCAGCAGCAUCAGUGGCAGUCGGACGCUUCCCAGCAACAGUAGUUCGGCAUGCCUAGUGGGAUAUAAAAAAACACCGCCACCAGUCCCGCCUCGGACCACCUCAAAGCCGUUCAUCUCUGUCACAGUGCAGAGCAGCACUGAAUCGGCACAGGACAGCUACCUGGAUAACCAGGACCCCAAGAGUGAAGUCAACAGCCAGUCAGGACUGAGCAAUUCCUCAGAUAGCUUAGACAGCACCAGACCACCGAGCGUGACGAGAGGAAGCAUUGUGACUCCAGCCAGAGAGCCUCCUGAGUUACCCCAGAAAAAUGCAACCUUGAAGAGUGACAAAGGAACGCUGACUAGCGAAGAGCCAAAGGCGGAGAAUAUCCCCAAAAGGAAGCUGUCAUCUAUAGGAAUACAAGUUGACUGCCUUCAGCCAGUGGCAAAAGAGGAGCCCCCUCCAUCAGCCACCAAAUUCCAGUCCAUCGGGGUACAGGUAGAGGACGAGUGGCGCAACAGCCACUCCCGCAGCAUGUCCACCAAGCAGGAUACAGAUUCUGACUCACAAGAACCGAAUCACUCUACCUGUAAAUCGUCUGAGAGAAGCCUCGCGGAUUGUCCCCCAUGCAACAACUCCAACAGCCUCGAUGCCAGUACGAGGCAAUCAGCCAUGCCCUCCCAGAUCAAGCGAAACCUCUCCUAUGGAGAUAGCAAUGACCCAGCUCUAGAGCCUUCCUCUCUUCCUCCUCCUGACCCUUGGCUUGAAACUUCCACCAACACUCCAUCAGAACCGACGCAGCCAGGAGCUUGCCGAAGGGACGGGUACUGGUUUCAGAAGCUGCUGCAGGCAGAGACAGAAAGGUUAGAAGGGUGGUGUCGUCAGAUGGACCAAGAGACCAAAGAGAAUAAUCUCUCUGAAGAAGUCUUAGGCAAAGUCCUCAGUGCUGUGGGCAGCGCACAAUUACUAAUGUCACAGAAGUUCCAGCAAUUCCGUGGCCUCUGUGACCAAAACUUGAACCCCAAUUCCAAUCCCAGGCCCACAGCACAGGACCUCGCCGGUUUUUGGGAUCUCUUGCAAUUGUCCAUCGAAGACAUCAGCAUGAAAUUUGAUGAGUUGUACCACCUAAAGGCUAAUGGCUGGCAGUUGACGGAGACACCGGAGAAGAAGGAAGAGAAGAAAGCGCCCCCUCCUGUGCCAAAGAAGCCAGCCAAACCGAAAUCCCAGCUAAACCGGGACAAGGCCUCUGACUCGGUGGAUAAACAGCGCCAGGAAGCCCGCAAACGCCUCAUGGCGGCCAAGCGCGCUGCCUCGGUCCGGCAGAACUCGGCCACCGAGAGCGCGGACAGCAUUGAAAUCUACGUCCCUGAGGCACAGACCCGUCUUUGAGCAAGGGGAAGAGGAAGAGAACACUCUUUUUCACAUCAUUAAAAAGGAGGGGGGGGGAAAGGUUCACUAAAUUUAGUGUGAUUUAUUUGGUCUAGAGACACAGAGCCAGCCUUACAAAGGGCUCCCCGUUUGGCUAUCUCUCCGUCUCUCUCUCUCUCUCUCUCUCUUUCCCCCCCCUCGUUCCCUCUCUCUCCAGCUUUAAGUAAUGAAGAUUUUGAAAGAAAACACCCUUCCUGGUUCCGUCGUUUGGUUUUUUCUCUCCCCACGCCGCCCCCCCCCCUCACACUGGCUGUGGUGUGGCAGAACAGACUCUUGGAAACACAGUCCUUUAGACUUGGAACUGCGACCUUUUUACUCGUUCUAUCUAAGGAGAAUUAUUAGCUUGUUUACAUGAAAUGGACAAAAAUUGAAAAGAAAAAAAAAGCCUUGGGCACUUGCCAUGCUGCGCUUUUUCCCCCUCUCCUCACUGUAUUCUUUCUGUCCUCCCCUCCACUCACUGUCUUUCUCUCUCUCUCUCUACCCUUGUGCUCCUGCUUCUUGUUUUCUCCUGCCCUACGGUCCCUGACCUCUCUUUCUUUGUCAUCCUUUCUCUGCAUGGCGUUGUUUACUGUGUUAGAACUAAACUCUUCCACAGCGCUCCAGAAGAAAACACCUGUUCAGUGUGUGCUGUUGUUGCACUCUGCUAGUGAGCAGCCUUUUCGUUUUAUUAUGUAUUGUUUGUUUUUUUCCUUUCUAGGUGGGUUGGGAGCGGGUGGCCAGGGCCGGGGCGGGGGAGGCAGCAGGGCUUUGGGGGGUUCGACUAUCUCGUAGUUUAAUGAUGUAAAAGGAGGGCAAGAUCUGUAGGGUGCAAACAGAGGAGCACGUUAACACAGCCUGGAAGCAAACAUGUGCAAUAAGAUAUGUGUUGUAGCCUGCACACACACAACAAUGGUGCUGCAAAAGAAGGAUUUCCCAUUCAGAGGGCCCAGUCAGAAAUACGGCGCAGGGUGGAUCUGCGUGUUGCCCCACACAUAUUUCUGUUCUCUUUCCCCUAAUUAUCCCGUUGCAAUAGUUUGUGUGUGUGGUUUAUGUGUGCAAGGCUCAGUCGAUACGAAAGCAGCUGCUACACAAGGGAGGGAGGGAACCUAUAUCCCAGUGGUGUGUAUUAUUAGUCCAUUCGGCAGUAGGCGACAAUGGCUUUUGUACUGAAACAAAGAGGAGGUAGCUGAUGGAGGGUUGGCAAUUUGCUGGCCUGCCUGUAUGUAUGUGUACAUAUGCACAUAUACACUUAGUAGGAUCUGUAUAUUUAACACGUACACACACAUACCCAUUCACACAUGCACGCAUUCAGACGGUGUCUUCAAAAAGCACCUCAGCGAGGGUGGGUGUAUGUAUAGCAUAUAUUUUUACAUGUACUAUAGCUAGAUGUGUGUAAAAGUGUGUGCAAAAAUAUAUACCCGGUGUAUUAUUGGAUUCCAUUCACCCAUCCUGCCCCCUUGCAUCCCACGUUCUUUGGGGGAGCAGUCAUUAAAUUUCACUUCGACCCUCCUCUCUCUCCUCCCUCGUUUUGGCCUAAUUCUGUGGAGCCAGGAGUCAAAUAGCCAAUUCCAAGUUUCUCCUCUGCCUACCACACUGCACACUGCCCCUGUUUGCAUUUCUCUCAAAGCUGCACUCCCGUGUACCAGUGUGGAGGAAGAUGGAAGCUGUUCUGUGGAUGGCUUCAGGUGGCCAAAAUCCCAAAGGAAUUUUAUACUGGUAUGUUAGUAAUUUAAGGAGAUAGAAAAAUGCUACCACUUAAUCAUGUCAAUGAAUGCUGUUUAUGAUGUCUAUGCAUAGAGAGUCUCCACCUGCCCACCUAAUGGGCAACGUUGUAACCUGUGAAAGCCUGGCCAUAUAGAUUAUGGCUUCAAAUCAAGCUUGAUUUAUUCCCCUCUUUUCCCUCCCCUCCCCAAAUGUCUUUACAAUGAUGAUAGAGGGUGCUUGACUGACUCCUGAAUCCAAUGGCUCACUUUCACAGUUCUUCAUAUUAAAAAUUGAAACACUUGGAA